AUGUCGAAUACUGAUCUGAAAUUUCAAAUACCACCGAUUCGUUCAUUACGAGAAUUUAUUGAAGGUAAUGAUUGGACUAAACCAAAUUUAAAUCCUAAGGAAUUUGAUGAACUUCAAAAACAAGUCAUUUCAAAUUUAAUUUAUUUUCAAUCAAAUUAUGGUGUUAUUUUCAUACCUUUUCUUUUACUUGUUGGUUAUUUUCGUCCAGCAGCAAUUCUUUCUGAUCUUCUUGUUAUAGCUCUACUCUUGGUUGUUUUUUUCUAUUUAACACGUGAGAGAACUAUAAUAACAAUUCAUUUUCGUGAUCGUCCAAUUCUUAUACUUAUACUUGUUCUUGUUGCUGCUUUUAUAAUAAUCAGCACGUUUAGUUCUGUUUGGGUUUUUUUGAUUGGUUUUGUUCUACCAUUAGCAUUAAUUGUUGUACAUGCAACACUUCGUAAACCAUCAUUUCAAAAUAAAGCAGCUAAUGUAGUCGAGAAUCUUUCAUUAAAAACUUCUCCAAUGGGUUUUGUACUUGGUUGGUUAGGUUUAAAAUCAAUCGGUAAUCAAUCAAAACCAUCAACACAAACCAAAUAA